AUGGCGUCUCACCCUGAUCCGCCGGCAGAUGUUCCUCUCGGAGCUGGAGUGCAUGCAUCUCUCGUCUACGGUAUGGUAUGUAUGCAGCUGUUGAGAGCGCGUGCUGAGGGGGAUUUCCCAGGUCUGCCCUACCGUGGCCGUGCCUACAUUCCCUUGGUCGUGCAUUUGACUGUGCUGCUGGGCUUCCCAGCCGGCUGGAUAUACUCACUCACUUACUGUGUAUAUGUAUGCCGGCGGCGCUGUGGUUUCCCUCGUCGUGCGGUCGUCACGGCGUCGCAGGUCAUCGCCUGGGUCCACAAUGAUAUAAACGACAUUGGUACACAGGGCACUCGAAUGGGGAACAUGAAAUGGAGUGGUGGAGUGGUAUUUCCCAGGAGAAAGUCUGAUCGCGAGAAGACGACGAUGAGGUGA